GAGUUCUUUUGUCCAAAGAACAUCGUCUGUAUCCACACGAAGGAGAGCAAACGACAAAUUCUGGCUAAAUCGCAGAGGAUCCAGAGUGAUCGGGGAAGAUAUACCGUAGUUUUAUUUAUCGCAACUAAUUGAGGAGAAGAGAAACGUUUGAUUACGUUCCAGAAUUCAACGCCGAAAGAGAUUUUCAUCUACGUCGACGAAGAUAUGUCGAGUCUAUACAGAGGUGUUUCGAGAAAAGAAAAACCAAGACGUCAUCAUGGGUUGAAUCAGCAGAAGAGGCAAGAGAUCAAGGAAGCUUUCGAGCUAUUCGACACCGAUGGUUCUGGCACCAUUGAUGCUAAAGAGCUUAAUGUUGCUAUGAGGGCGCUUGGUUUCGAAAUGACGGAAGAGCAAAUCAACAAAAUGAUAGCUGAUGUAGACAAAGAUGGAAGUGGAGCCAUAGAUUAUGAUGAGUUUUACUAUAUGAUGACUGCUAAGAUCGGUGAAAGAGACACGAAAGAAGAGCUCACCAAAGCAUUCCAGAUCAUUGAUCUUGACAAGAAUGGGAAGAUAUCUGCUGAUGAUAUUAAACGCAUGGCAAAGGACUUAGGUGAAAACUUCACAGAUGCUGAGAUAAGAGAGAUGGUUGAAGAAGCAGACCGUGACCGUGAUGGUGAAGUUAAUAUGGAAGAAUUUAUGAGGAUGAUGAAGAGAACUGCUGCUUAUGAGUACUAAAAAGUUGUUGUCCUUAAUGAUACUGAUGAGGUCUGUUAUAGUUCUUUAGCUGAGGCAUUGUCGUUUAUAAUAUUGCUGAAGAUACAUAUUUCUGUUAUUUUUUUUAAUCUAUUUUAAUGGUCUUGUAUCAGUUUUAAUUUGUAUAAAACUCCUCUUUGGAUUUCUUGGAAAAGUUUCUAAGUGUUAAUGAGUCUCCUGUGAAA